CAGCGUUUUUACUUUUUAUUACAAAUGGAGAAAUAUGAAGAUGUUCAAUACUGUUUUCAGGACGGAAACUCUUCUUGCAGAAAGGCUUUGCUAUCGACAUCUAUCUACUUAACACUGUACAUCUUCUUGUCAUUUAUUUCAGCAGUUACAGUAUUUUUGAACCUAAUGGUGAUCAUCUCCAUCUCUCACUUCAAGCAGCUCCACAUUACAACCAACCUGCUCAUCCUCUCUCUGGCGGCGUCAGAUCUACUGGUGGGACUGAUUGUGAUACCAGUAAUGACUGUAGCAACAAUGGAAUCAUGCUGGGGUUUUGGGGAAUAUUUCUGUGUGUUUCAAGCCUACAUUACUUCUUUAUGUACUUCUUUAUCUCUGGGCAAUUUGGUCUUGAUAUCUAUUGACCGCUAUGUUGCUGUGUGUGAUCCCUUAUUGUACCACUCCAAAAUAACAAUAACAAGAAUCAGAUGUUGUAUAUCCAUCACCUGGUGUUGUUGUAUCAUAUACCGUGCUGCUAAUGUACAGUUUUUUGUAAAUGUACAGGUACCAAGUAGGUGUUUGAAAGAAUGUACUGCUGUUGAAGGGUCAAUAUGGGUUAAUAUCACUGACCUUGUAAUUACAAUGGUUGUCCCGUGUUCUAUUAUUAUAACACUUUAUAUGAAAAUCUUUGUUGUGGCCAGAUCACAGGCCAGAAAGGUAUUUUCUAAAGAGGCUGCCAGUGUGUCUGGUGUUAAAACUGUACAGGCAAAUAAGUCUGAGAGAAAAGCAGCAAAAACUCUUUCUAUUGUUGUUUUCAACUAUUUAAUUUGUUGGAUUCCAUCUCUAUUUGUUUUCUUUUUCUUUUCUGUUUUAAUUGAUAAUUUAUUUGCAUAUUUCAUCCGUUUUCUGUCAUUUGUUAAUUCCUUAAUUAAUCCAAUCAUUUAUGCUUUCCUUUAUCCAUGGUUCAAAGUGACAGCUAAACUUAUAUUAACUUUGAAGAUAAGACGUCAUUGAUCCAAUUAUAUGAUUCCCUAGUUCGGGAAACAUCGGUUUGAUAUAGUUUUGUUCUACAGGUGUUAAUUGUUUCAUGUAACAACACACUGACAUGACUCAUCUCACUGUUGUAAUCAUAGGUACAUGUGGUGUUGAUAAAGAAUGAUUUGCCUGGAUUGGAAUGGAAUGACUUGGAGAAGGCAUAAGAAUGCAUAAGCUUGUUUUAUAAAAGACAUUGUAGUCAUUGUGGAUUGUGUACUCCAAAUACCUAAGGCUGUGGUUGUUCCAUGUUAAUGAUAAAUAGUAUGUAAGUAUUCUAAUAGCACAUUCUGAGGACAUCAUGAGUGUAUGUUGUUUAGCAUCUCCCUCUAGUGGCUCAAUUGUGACAAAACGUCUUCAUCAAGUGUAGUAAAGUUGAAAUGUACAAUACUGCAUGAUAUCAGAUAACGUCCAGGUCUAAAUAAAUGCUGUAGUGUGUAAGUAGUUGAUGGUAAAAUGUAAGAAUAUGCAAUUAUGGGUAACACUUUAUAAUAACAUUCAGUAAUAAACCAU